AUGCGCCCCUCAACUCCCCGCCCUCCAGUGACAGGCCCAGACUCUGGCCCUGAGGCUCCUUUUCCUAUUCGUCUAUCUGGACCCGUGAUCAAGGGUUUUGGACGCGGGAGUAAAGAGCUUGGUAUCCCAACAGCGAACAUCCCGAUCGAUGGACUGGAAGACGUUCUUCCCAAGGAGCUGGGUGUGGGCGUCUACUAUGGGGUUGUUGCGCUGGACCCGGCUACAGCGCCGUCACCAGAGUCUACCGGGGAUGAGGCACCAAUCCUCCCUGCUGUUCUGAGCAUAGGAUACAACCCCUACUACAAGAAUAAGACGCGCUCGAUAGAAAUCCACAUCAUGCCCUCCUUAACACUCCCCUCUCCGACGGCAUCCAGCGAAGAGAAGGAAAAGGUCAAGUUCCACAAACUCCCCGACUUCUACGGCACGAAGCUCAAUUUGCUGAUGCUGGGGUACAUCCGGCCGGAGUACGACUACGUGUCGAUGGAUGCCUUGGUUGAGGAUAUCCGUAUUGAUUGCGAGGUCGCCAGGGCGAGUCUGCUUCGCGCUGCUUACCGGGCUUAUCUGGAUGGAGAGGGCGGCGAGGAUGUCAGCGCGCAGAGGGACUGGCUGCGGUCUUUCUGA